UAUCCCCAAUAAUUUCUGCUUUAAGAAAAUCAAUAUCAGAUCUUGAUCAACAAUAAUAAUAAUGGCGUCGCGGACAAUGUUAUUCUUCGCCUUCCUAAUUCUCUUGAUGUUUUCUUCUGUCGGAUUUUCUCAAGAUCUCGACGCGUUUUUCAAAGGAAUGGAGUCUGGAAAAAUUCCGCAGUGUAUGCAGAAGAUUCUUCCAUGUCAACCGUUCAUCAAAUUGCCGGAAAAUCCGUCGGCGAUGUGUUGUUUGCCGUUGAAGGAGAUGCUGGUCGGCGAUGUUCAGUGUCUUUGCUCCUUCUUCAACGAUGUGGAUAUGUUGAAGGCGUUGAACGUUACCCAGAGCCAAGCAUUGAAGCUUCCCAAGGCUUGCGGUGCCGCCGAUGUUGAUAUUUCUGCAUGCGGCCCGCCACCGACCGGUUCAACGGAUGCGCCUCCGCCUCCACCUGCUAAAACUGCCGAUGAUUCUAAAGCUAACGGCUCAAGAAGGAAUAACAAUCCAAGUAAGGGGAUUGGGUAUGGCUUUGCAGCUGCUUCAUCAUUCGUGGCUUUGCUGCUUUCACCAUUAGUAUAGGCAGCUUUCCUUUUGGUUUCAAUCUAAUCCUCUUUCUUUUCCCUUCUUUGAAGCAAUUAGCCAAAUACUUCUGUAAGUAAGUUCAUUUUUUUUGUAAGAGAAGUUUUCUCAUGUUGGUAUAUCUGAUUCAUGAUUUGGUUUUUAUUGUUCUGAUCUCCUUUGUAUAUGAGUAUCUUUAAGCUGCCUAAUGCUAACGAUCAUAUGUUUUUUCUAAUA